AUUCUUCCGGAGUCGGAUAUAGAAAGUUAGUUAAUCCGUCCGUCCGAAUCGUCGCGGCUCGAUUCCUGAUUUGCUUCCGAUUCGAUUCACUUCACUUCUUCCGCUUCAUCGGCGAAUUUCUAAACCCUAAUCCGAAGAAGAAGAUGAUGAGCAAGUGCUCGAUCGUUCCGUCGCCCAAUGAGGUUCAGCUGUUCCACAGCUUGAACGGGAUCCAGCGUCUCGCGGAAACCCGUCGCUUCAAGGCGUGGUUCCUGGACCAAUUCGGAGUUCUCCAUGAUGGGAAGCAGCCCUAUCCUGGUGCAAUUGCCACAUUAGAAAAGUUGGCAGUAAGUGGUGCAAAGAUGGUUGUGAUAAGUAAUUCAUCGAGACGUGCAUCAGUGACGAUGGAGAAGAUGAAGAACCUUGGAUUUGAUCCUUCUUUGUUUGUCGGAGCCAUCACCAGUGGAGAACUCACACAUCAGUACCUGCAGAGGAGAGACGAUGCUUGGUUUGCUGCUCUGGGAAGAUCUUGCAUUCACAUGACUUGGAGUGACCGUGGUGCUAUAUCUCUCGAGGGCUUAGGCUUGCAAGUUGUCGAGAAUGUCGAAGAAGCUGAGUUCAUUUUGGCCCAUGGCACAGAGGCUCUGGGUCAGCCUUCUGGUUCUGCACAUCCUAUGAAACUUGAGGAUCUUGAGAAAAUAUUGGAGCUCUGUGCAACUAAAAGAAUUCCUAUGGUAGUUGCAAAUCCUGAUUUUGUGACCGUUGAGGCAAGAGCUUUGCGUGUCAUGCCAGGUACAUUGGCCACCAAAUAUGAGGAGCUGGGUGGUGAAGUGAGAUGGAUGGGGAAACCUGGAAAGAUAAUUUAUGAAGAAGCUAUGAAGAUGGCUGGCGUAGACCCCACAGAUGCAGUCGCAGUGGGCGAUUCCCUCCACCAUGACAUUAAAGGUGCUAACGCAGCAGGAGUCGAGUCGGCUUUCAUCUCUUGUGGAAUUCACGCAGCUGAGCUGGGACUAAACAGCUUUGGAGAAGUCGCAGAUAUCUCUCUUGUGCAAGCCCUGGCGUCCAAAUUCGAUGCUCGCCCAUCUUAUGUAUUGCCCGCAUUUAUAUGGUAGAAAUUCCGCGAUCGAAUAAGUAAGGUGUGUGAUUCUUUGGUUGAAAAAGGUUCUCAUUCCUCAGGACUGUAUUGUAUUAUUAUCCGGUAAAAAUACAUUUGGGCUUCUCCAGUGCAACUCUCUUGGACCAGGGUUAAUUUUUGCUGGAAGAGGCGCUUGACUGAA